UGUAUGAUAAGACGAGGAACACCCCCUCACCCCCAUCACCACCACCCCUGCCGGACACACCACAAGUUUGUCCUCCACACACUCCACCUCUCCCUUCCUACGGCCCUCCCCGUCCUUCUGACUGCCCUUUUGGCCUCUGUCUCUUCAGCCCUCUGCAGCUGUAUUUUCAUCUAACAGCAGUGAACCACCAUCACUCAAGAUGGACUCCAGACCCCCCAACCUGCUGCUGCUGCUUCUCACCUGCCUCCUACACUACUGGCAGUGUGCCAGAGGACAGUCAUCAUACACUAUAGAUAUCGUUGGCCUUACAAUCCUACCCAGCAGCACAGUUCAGAGCGGGACACCGGUGACCCUACACUGCCAGGUCAAAGUCAGUCAUGACAACAUCCCUCACCUGAAUCAUACUUUUCAGCUCACACGGGACGACAUUCCAGUCCACUCCUCUUCCACUGUAGAAGACACAGUCGUAUAUGAACUUAACCCGGCCAGGGCAGCUGACUCUGGGAGUUAUGAGUGUCGUGUCACAGUCAAGGACAAGAGCAAAGCAAGCUUCAGCCAAAAACUCAACGUCAGAGGCCUGCAGACCCCCAUUCUGCAAUUGAAUAAGACUGAACCCUAUGAGAGUGAGGAGUUCACAGCCACCUGCAGUGCUCCGGAUGAGAAAGGAUCCCUCAUCUUCCGGUUUUACCAGAGACUUAGGAAUGGAGACUUUGAGAAGAUAAAGCAGCCAGCGCCUAAUGGGAACUCGUCAGAGACCACACUGGUCCUGAGGAGGAUUGGAGACCACUACCUGUCCUGUGACUAUGAGGUCAAUUUGGUUUCUGGGGCCAGACGCUCCAACCGCAGCAACGAGACUUUAGUCAUAGUCAAAGGACUCUACAUUUCACCGGUCAUGAAUGUGCUGCCCUCCCCAGAAGUCUUUGAGGGUGAUAUAAUAGAAGUGGUCUGUAAAGUGGUGAAUCCACCGAAGAACGUUGAAGUAUUCCUGACGAGGAACAGGAGGAUCCUCAAGCAAGCCCUAGUCAGCCUCAAUCAUCGAUUGACUGCGCAAGAAGGCGACUCUGGGGAGCUUGUGUGCAAGGCAGAGUGGGGCAAUGUGCAGAAAGAAACCUAUCAAACAAUCACAGUCAAAGAGCUGUUUUCAAAGCCACAGCUGACCGUGAAUCCCAUAGACAUAUUUUUGGGAGACCGCUUCAAACUUACCUGCUCUGUCGUCAUUUAUUUUCCUGAGAGGAUCAGCAAUGAAAGCAUACAGUUCUCCAUCUACAAAGAUAACGUCAAACUCAACCAUGAAGAGACAUACAUCACUACGGCACACCCUUCUGAAAAUGGCAACUACACCUGUAAAGCCCUGGCUAUUUCUCUUACACACAGCAUUGAUAAAGAAAGCCAAACAGUUGUUGUUAAGGCAAAAGUUCCUCUUUCAAAACCCAUGUUGAGUGUGGUGGGGGGAACGCUGGUGUUGGGAAAGAGCUUCCAGCUGCUCUGUCACAGUGACAAUGGCACUCUGCCCAUCACCUACACCCUGCACCAACCUCACAUGCUGAGUGAGAGCAGGGUGGUAAGCAAGCAGGGGGAACAGGCCAUCUUUAACUCCUCAGCCAUCUACAAGUUUUCAGACUUAAAUAGCUUUCUGUGCCACGCGAAAAACAGACAAAACAAGCCUCCCAUGACAGGAUCAGGGCUGCUACGUUCAACCAUCAUAGAGCCCGUGUCAAAACCAGUGUUGACCAGGCUCCACGGCAUGGGGGACGUCUCUGAAGGGCAGGACCUGACUCUCGUCUGCUCUGUUCAGAGAGGCACUCUUCCCAUCACCUUCACCUGGUACCGCACUGAGACAGAGGGUGCACUCGCCACCCAGACCUCCAUGAUACUGGAAGGAUCCUACAACAUCAGCAUUGUCAGAAGAGAGCACCGAGGGGGCUACUACUGUCUGAGCACCAACCAGGCCAACGAAACCAAACAGAGCCACACUGUCAUGAUCGGAGUGAAGAUGGCUGGCUGGAAGAAAGGUUUUAUCGGUAUUAUUGUCUUCUGCAUCCUGCUCAUACUGGCAAUGAGCCCCAUUUUGGCCUUUAAAAGACGUCUCCUUUUAUAUAAGAGGAAAAGAACUGGCGAGCUGUCGGUGAAGUCAGCCAGCACCAAAAUGGAGCGGCUAAGCCUCACCCAGGCCGAGGUCAAUCAGGCUGCCAAUGUCACUCCAGGCAUGAUAGGAAAGAGUGUUUGGAGUGAACAUGCAUCAGGCUCUGAUUCUGAGGACCAGAAUAGUGUGACCGCUCCAGAAAAGCCAGAAACUCAAUACGCUGAGGUGCAGACCAGAGAGGCAGAUCCUAACAGAGCACUGGUGAAAAAGGGCACAGACACGGUGUACAGCAAAGUGCGUAACUCCAAGCAAGGUGUUCCAGAGCAGGCUGAUGGUCAGGGGUCAGUGGAGUAUGCACAGCUGAAUCAUGAUACAGAUCACCACAGUGACCACGGUAACCAUGCUGACCACAGUGUCCCGGAUGACUACAUAGAUGACAUUGACGACAGUGUUCACAUCAACACUGCGGACCAGGGGGAAUGCAAACAUGACCCAAUGCCCAACUGUUAACUGACCAACAAGAAUAUUUAUUCCCUUAUUUAUCCGGCUCGUUAAUGCAGCUGGAAUGUUUUGCUCUAAAAGACCUUAAACAGCUCUAAGCAUUCAUGUACUUUUUGUAUUUUUGUAACACUUUGCAAGGAACAUCCCACAUUGUAAAUUCACUUGCUUUGUUGUUUGAAGGGCAAAUAAAAUGUGUUUGUUAAAGUGAA